AUGGAUUUAGAGUCAAUUAAACAAUACGAUGACUUUAUUUCAGCGUAUGACAAGCUAUUUCACACGAAACCAAAUGAAUCUGAUGGAGAAUACUUGAAAUUAAUUAACGAUUGCAUAAUUGAUAAAUAUAAAACACCGAAACAACCAUUGAUCAAAAGUCUUUUUAAUGCAAUCAUCUAUAACUAUCGUUCACUUCCUAAAUAUUCCAAAAUUAUCAACUAUUUCUGCGAGAAGUUUAAAAUAGAUCCUUUUAACGAGUGGCACAAAAUCUCAAAUUAUAGUACAAAUAUAGAAACCAGUUUUCCUAAAGAGGAUAACGUUCGUUAUCUAAUCAUGUAUGAUGACAUUGAAAAAUUCAAAGAUUAUGUUAUUCAAAAACCUUUAGAAAACUUUUAUUUUCAUGUUGGUUCAAUUGUGUUUGAUUCGUUUAUCGAAUAUUCUGCAUAUUUUGGCUCUGUUAACAUUUUUAAUUUCCUCCGUAUGAAUUUUCAAAUGGAAAUCACAGAUCAUUGUCUUGAAAAAGCUAUAAUUUGUGGAAAUACAGAUAUUAUCAAUGAAUGUAUGAAGCACAAUGAAAUCGAUGCAAAUUGCGUCGCAGCAGCCAUUGGCUCACACAACAAUACAUUUCUUCAAUAUAUAAUUGAUCAUGAUCUUAUGAAAACUUACAACAUUAAUGGAGAAGAUAUCAUUGCUUCACAGAAUUUGAAAGCUAUGUUCAUGUUAUACAAGUAUAAUAAUAAUUCAAUAAUACCAUGGUGUGCAGAGUUUCCACAAUCGAUUGAAAUCCUUAAAAAUGACAAAACUCUUGAUUUUUCAAAAUGUGAUUCAAGCAAAUGUAAUAUGUUGCAUUAUUCUGCACUUUAUGGCAAUGCUGAUAUUGCCAAGCUUUUAUUAAGUUGUCCAGAGAUAUAUCAUAUAAAUAUAAAUCAAAAAGAUAAAUAUUCGAAUAUCUAUAAAGAUGUUACAGAUAUUCUUCUUUCAUAUGGUGCAAAAUAUGAUAAUUCCAUUAUUGAUAUUAUAGCACAAAAUGAUUGUAUUGAUGUAUUAGAGGCAUUCCUUUCACACGGCUUUGAUGUUAAUAAAAAAGAAAAAAAGGGAAAUUAUCCACUAUAUUAUGCAAUUACAAAUUCUUCAAAAUCUAUUGCAGAACUUCUCAUUUCACAUGGUGCAGAUGUAAAUGCAAUAGAUCAAUUUCACAAUUCAUUAUUAGAUUAUGCUGUAAAGUUCGAUUCGAUUGAUGGCGCAGAAGUUCUUCUUUCCCAUGGAGCAAAACUCAAUUUAUCACUUCAUGAAGCCAUUCUUAAUAGCCAAUAUGAAAUGAUAGAUACAUUAGUUCCCUAUUUUCAAGAUUUUACCUUACAAGAUAAGAAAGGUAGAACCACUCUCCACUGUGCCAUUGAAAGAAAAAACAAAGAAAUUGCGGAGUUUCUUGUUUCACAUGGUGCUGAUGUUAAUAUCAAAGAUAAUCGCGGCCAAACUCCACUUCAUUACGCAGUAUUAGAGGAAGAAACAAUACAAUAUUAUCCUCUAGAUAGUUUUCCUAACUUCAAUGACCAGUUGGCAGAUUUUCUACUAAAGAAAAUUAAUGAACUAAAAGAAGAGAAACAAGCUCAAAUAAAUCUACUUAUUUCUCAUGGAGCAGAAAUAGAUCUAAAAGAUGAAAAUGGUAAUACCCCACUUCAUAUUGCAUGUGAAUACAAAAACAAGAAUAUUGUUGAAUUCCUCCUUUCACACGGAUCUAACACGAAUUCUCAAAAUCACAAAGGAAAAACACCCCUUCAAAUUGCACUUGAAAACGGCGGUUAUGAGAUUGCAGAUAUUCUCAAGUCACACGAUGCAAAUAAGAAGGUUUAA